GUGAAAUGGCCGACUCGAAUUAUGAGUUUGUCAUUCACUCACAUCUAUCUUGUUAUCUCCGAUUCUCUUUAGAGCCUAGUCUCUCUCUGACAGUCGACACGCCUUAGCAUACCUUUUUCACUGUGUAGAACUUAAAAGUGAAAAUUGAGUCCUCGGAAAGAAAGAGAAAGAAGGAGACUUCGAUCGACCGAGAUCGAGGAGGAGAGAUAAAGAGAGAGAAAGAGAAGCACCAUCACCAUCAGAAGAAGACUAAGAAGAUGGCAACGAAGAACCAAGUUAGGGCAUCUCACAUACUCAUUAAGCAUCAAGGUUCUCGCAGAAAGGCUUCUUGGAAAGAUCCUGAAGGUCGCAUUAUCAUGAAUACCACCAAAGAAUCUGCUAUUUCUCAGCUCAAAUCUAUUCGCGAUGAUAUUCUUUCUGGCAAACAAACCUUCGAUGAUGUCGCUUCUCGCAUUUCCGAUUGUAGCUCUGCUAAGCGCCGCGGCGAUCUAGGUCCCUUUGGUCCAGGUCAAAUGCAAAAACCUUUUGAAGAUGCAACGUUUGCACUAGAGAUUGGUGAAAUAAGUGACAUUGUUGAGACAGACAGUGGAGUUCACAUCAUCAAGAGAACAGGCUGAAACCUGUAAUCUAUUUAUGGCACCUGUUGCUUCUGAUUGUUUUCUGUUGUAAUAUGCCUUCCAUUUUCUAGAAGGCAAGUGCUAGGAUGUACUGUGCUUUUUACAAGUGCAAAACUUGCCGAUCUCCAGUUUUUGUGUUGAGAUAAAUUCUGAAUGGGACUUGUUUCUGAACAAUGUUGAUUCAAUGAUAUGCGUAUUUGCUUGUUUCUUGUGCUAAAAUAAGAAAUGAGUGCCUCAAUAUUUUGUGCUGUUA